UCAAAACCAGACAUGAAUGAGGAGAGGUUGGGUGAUACCAGUGGAGCAGACAAUGCUGAGACCUACAGCGACAAAGACACAGACCAAAGGAGUUCCCCAGACAUGACUAAAGCCAAAAGCUGUUUCACCCCUGAAAGCCCUGAAAUUGUUUCAGUGGAUGAGGUUGGUUAUGCAGUUCAGAAAAAUGGUGGGAGCACAGAGAAUCAUCCAGACAGCCCCAAGUACCACCCAGAGCAGAACCACCUCCUGAUAGAAGGUCCUUCUGGGACAGUUUCUUUACCAUUUAGUUUGAAAGCAAACAGACCUCCACUUGAAGUCUUGAAAAAGAUCUUCCCUAAUCAAAAGCCAGCUGUGCUAGAGUUGAUCCUGAAGGGGUGUGGUGGUGAUCUGGUGAGUGCUGUGGAGGUUCUCCUGUCUAGUCGGUCUUCGGUGGCCAGUGGGGAGAGAACUUCUGCAGAAUCCGAUGGUCUUGUUUUGCCUUCCAACGGGCACAUUUUUGAACACACGCUGAGUUCCUACCCUAUUUCAUCUUCCAAGUGGUCCGUGGGCUCAGCAUUUAGGGUUCCUGACACGCUAAGGUUCUCUGCUGAUUCCAGUAAUGUCAUGCCAAAUCCUCUGGCUGUACCUCUGCAGCACCCUUUCCCUCAACCACCACGCUACCCACUGAUGUUGAGGAACACUUUGGCAAGAAAUCAGUCCAGCCCGUUCCUGCCCAAUGAUGUCACCCUGUGGAACACCAUGACACUGCAGCAGCAGUACCAGCUGCGGUCCCAGUAUGUCAGUCCUUUCUCUAGCAACACAACCACAGUUUUCCGAAGCUCACCUGUACUUCCUUCCCGCUCGUCAGAGGAUCCUAGGAUCUCAAUUCCUGAUGAUGGGUGUCCUAUUGUGUCUAAGCAACCAAUUUACACAGAAGAUGAAUAUGAGGAAAGGUCUGAUUCUUCAGACUCAAGAAUACUCAACACAUCUUCUUAGACUGACAUUUGACGUGUGAUAGCUAAGUGAUACUCAAAGUGCAGCUGAACUACUGGCCCCUAAGAGGAGGGACACAUACUCUAUGAAACUCUUGCAAUUGUAUUAAAAAGUGACUUUGCUUGGUAUUAUACUAUAGCAAUAAAGACAUAACUUUUUAAAUUUCUUGCACUUCACUGGAUAAUGCCAAAUAGCAAUACUCUGGCUUUAGUGCUGAGUCUGUAUUACAAAGGAAGACUUUAUGGCUAUUGGUUAUGGGACUCUGGAAGGCUCAUAAUGGAAACAGAAGCCCAAGGUCUACUUUGUUCCUUAACUCAGAAAAAUGGGGAUGUUAAACUAGAAUACUUGAAUGCUGUUUUAUAAGAGAGAACUCCUCAGGACAUAAGAAAUCAAAUAAACAUAAUUCAAUUGCAAAUGGACUAAAACAAGGAACUUAUAAUCUUAUGCCAGUGAUCAUAAAAAAAACAGAAGAAAGAAAUAUGCACAUGCAACUAAUAUGAGCUCCUUCUGUGCCGUUUGAGCUUGGACACUUUUCAGAGAAAUAUUAUUAAGAGUUAUUCUUUUCCCAUGGCUAGGUCGAAAUGUGUAAUGUCAGUGUAAAACCAAUUACAGCUGUGAAUUGCAUGAAGUGUAUUGUGAAAUGAACACCAGAUUAAGCAUUGUCAGGUUAAUGUAGCAUGCUAAGGACUCUAGAAAAAUAAACUAAGAUCAUGAUCUUGGUUUAUGUCAUUUAUACUGGGCAAAUACAUUCUGAAGACAGAGAGCUGAUUAAUCCUCAGGCAGGGUUAAAAUGUCCAGCUCCAGCAGCUGCAGUCAAGGAAAGCCUCUUUUUUCAAGUCUGGGUUCUGCUUCCCUGCCUAGUAGUUUGCAACUGAGAUUAGGCAAAUGUUGUCAUCAGGGAAGCUGAGGUCUUGAGUAUGUACUGCAGACAAUUCCAAGCUCAGCUGAGUAAAGUAGAGCUUGCUACAGUCACAGAAAGCAGAAAACAAAAGGCUCUCCCAGUGCUUCAGAAGCAUCUUUUUUUCCCUAUACUGUAGAAGUAGAAAAAAAA